AUGUUGGCUAGUUGGGGCAAUGAUUCUUACAUUUUGCUUGAUGGUGACAAGUGUGUGGUUUACAUCCUUCCCAACUGGGUAGGUGAUUCAUUUGAUCCGAAUGACCCCGACACUUGGUUUCCUCCGGAUCAGUUGACUCUAGUAGGUGUGCUAUCCAACUCUGAGGAUGAGGAAAACGAUGAAGAAGAUUAUGAAAAGAUUCCCGAGGCGGAGGACCAUUUUAACCAGCUUCCGGUGCAACAACCGAUGUAUCAACAUCACCAUUUCCAGGUCCCUCCACACCAUUUUGACCAUCCUCAGUAUCAGCCAUAG